CAAAAGUCAAACUGAAGUCACAUAAUUAUGUGCCAAAUGAGUUUUGGAAUUGUAACUUAAAGUGAGAUUCUGAGAAUCCUUCUUCAAAUCAAAUCGGACAUAGCCAAAUAGCAGGCAAAAUUAAUAUCCUUGUGCCGCAUCAGUCACACUCCGCUCACGGGAGGGAGGUGGAAGAAAACUUUGCAGAGAGUACCAGAAAAUUGUGUUUGGCUCUUUUCUGUGUGGCUGCCAAAGCGCCUGCAGCCGGAAAUCAAUAUUCGGAAAUAUUUGUUGGCCAACAUUCCCCAGCCUUUUCGGUUAUCUCUCGUAUAUUUGCAAAUGCUAAAAACCCAAAUGGAGAAGGACAAGGAGAAGCUGGACGGUGACCGCCCGGCGAUGGAGGAGGAGGCCCAGACACAGCUGCAGCGGCAUCUGGGCGAUCUGAAGCUGAAGCUGAGCGACACCGAGCAGCGGCUGGACAGUGAGACGCAGCUGCGGCUACAAGAGGCUGAGGAAUGGCAACAGUUAAAGGCGGAUCUGCUGACGACCGUGCGUGUGGCAAACGACUUCCAGUCCGAGGCGCAAAGCGCUCUCGAGCAGCUCGAGCUCGACAACAAGAUGCAAAUGGAGACGAUUCGGUUGCUGGAGCAGAAGCUGAAGAAGCUCACCACCGAGCCGGUCCCGCAGCAACCGCAGCAAACCUUCGCUGGCGAUGAGCGCAAGGAUCCACUGACUAUGCUGGCCAAGAAAUGCGGCUCCAAGCGGAAUGCACUGCUCAAGUGGUGCCAGAACAAGACAGAGGGCUACCGCAACCUUGACAUCACGAACUUCAGCUCAUCGUGGAACGAUGGCCUGGCCUUUUGUGCGAUCCUUCACUCCUAUCUGCCGGAUCGCAUACCCUACGAUCAGCUCAGUGGGGCGAACAAGCGGCGUAACUUUUCGCUGGCCUUUGCCACCGCCGAAUCGGUGGGAAUUGCCACCACACUGAACAUCAACGAAAUGUGCCAGAGUGAGCGACCCGACUGGAGGCCGGUGAUGUCCUAUGUGAUGGCAAUCUACAAAUACUUUGAGAACUAGACGGACCUGCCGUUUUU